GAACUGAAAUGAAGUAAUAAGUUGUAAUUAAAGUUCUGUCCGCUAAGUUUCGGAAUUCUUGUCUUUAAAGAUAGAAGCGAAUUACUCGUUCAUUUCAUUAUGUCUAACAUUGUUAGAGAACAAUUGGAGAAUUAUUUUUCUUCUGUUAAUCCCACAUCGAAACGGAUGAUGGCUGAUAUUAUGACUUGUCGGAAAGAAUAUAGCAAUGUCUUAGAAACAUUACCUGACGACGAGCAAUCUCAGUUAAUUUGGAAGUCGAUAGUUAAACCUGAAGCCAUAGAAAAGUAUAAAAAUUUGCCUGAAAAUAAAAUUGAUGUGGAAUAUUUUCCUGUUCUUCGUACUCGUCCGGGAGAAAAAAUGAUUGUUGACGAUGAUGCAGCAUCGGGGCGUUCCUUUGGUUAUACAUGGAGAGAUGAGCAUUCUGCACCUUUUCGUUGGGAAACGCAGAGUCAGCUAGACUUGCGAUUUGAUGCAGAGGAAUCAGAUAGUGAAAAGAUUACCACUCUUGAGAAAGAGGCAACUAAAAAGAAAGAACCUGAGAAAACAGAAGGCAGAAAAGAGGAGGAAAUGAAGCGUCCACCUCCUGUGAAAAGGCCAGAAGUACCUCCUCCUCCGGUUCCACCACAUGCUAUUCCACCUAUUCCAUCUCGUAUUGAAACUCCCCUUCCUGAUGCAAAGAAAGAUGAAAUCCCUAUUUAUGCUAAAGUCAUGAAACGCAAAUCUGCCACAAAGACUCUUUCAAUUAGUGAAAUGAAAGCUCAUCGUAAGGCAAAAGAGGAAAUGAAGCCUGCAGUACCUCCUCGUAUGUCUCUGGAAUUGAAAGGAACAGUUGAUAUUUCAAAAUACAAAACAUUACCCAUUGAUUUUGAGGGUAUACCAAAAACUGGAUUUGAUUUCCUUGACAACUGGUAAAGAAAAUAUUGUAAAUCACAUCUUCUUGCAUCAUUAAUUUAAUAGUCAUUUUUUUUCAUUUUUUAAGUAGUUUUUUUAUGGAACAUUCUGUUAAAUUUUACAUUUUUUGUAUAGUUUGUUUUAUUAUCAUUUUUAUGCUUGUUAUAUUGGGUAGCAUUUAUAUUGCCUUUUAUAUUGUUUUUUGUAAUAAAAUAAAGUUUUUUA